CAUAAGACUGUUCAUAUGAAGCUACAAAAUACAUAUUGUAGUUACUUAGAGUAAGGAACUAACAGCAGGAACUUACAGGACUUCAUGAAUAACAAUGGCAUCGAGGAAAACUCUGGAUAGGCGUUACACGUGGCAGCUGAAAGUAACAUAUAAUGAUGUCCAGACCAAAUCGAUUUGAAGACGGGAAUCCUCUUCAGGACGUCUACGUGGAACUGCGCGACACUCAUACCAAGAACGGGAGUGACGCAAACUGGGACCAAUUCGUCAGCGGUAACAAGAACAGGAAACGAUCGAAAGUAGCAAACAAGUAUAAGACCAUGGAGAAACAAAACGUACAAAAAUCGCCAGGGUUUCGAACUGUUCUUAAGGAUUUUGCAGAGGGAUCUACGUUCCAUGGCCUUCGUUAUGUGGCUCACCAAGGAUCGUUUAUCGGCAGAAAACUGCUGUGGUUGAUGAUGAUAUGCGCCUGCACCUCUGUGUUGGUAUACCAGAUAGUUGACAGGGUGGGGUAUUACUACGGCUGGCCUGUGACGGUCAAUGUUCGAGUCAACUACAACACCUCCCUUCAAUUUCCGUCCAUCACCAUCUGUAACCAGAACGCUUUCAAGGCAAGUAUAUCCAAUCAACUCAAUAGAUACCGCCUGUUGGAGAGCAUGUACACGCACCCGGAUACAUUUAAUGAAAACGAUCUGGCCAGAUUUAAUGACCAGAAUCUGACACUUGAAGAUUUGUUUCUCCAAUCAGCUCAUCAGAAAGAAGACUUCAUUACCAGGUGUUUCUGGAAGGGUUUGCCGUGUACCACGGCCGACUUCAACACUACACUUACCGACCAUGGUGUAUGCUACACAUUCAACGAGGGGAGAAACCAGGAGUAUAUCUCGUCCGUUGGGGUGGAGAACGGCCUACGACUGACCUUGAACGUGGAACAAUAUGAGUAUAUGCCUGGCCCCCAUGACGCCGCGGGGGUGAAGAUGUUACUGCACGCUAAUGGAGAGGUACCGCGUGUGCACGCGCUGGGUCAGGCGGUGUCCACCGGUGCUCACGUGUUCGUCGGUGUCAAGGUGUUCCGCAUAAGUAACCUGCCCCGCCCGCACGGAAGUUGUAGAGAACACACACUGGAGUAUGUUGAUACGUUUUCGAUGGACGCUUGUCAGAUGGACUGUCUAACUUCCCUGGCCAAGUUGAGAUGUGGUUGUCGCCACGCCUACAUGCUACAUAAAAACGGUGACCCCCCAGUGUGCACGCUAUACGAGUACUUCAAAUGUCUAAAGCCACUCAUCGAUGAGUUUCCCAGUAUACAUGAUACUCUUUGUGACUGCCCUGUGCCUUGUAAUUUCAUUAUUUACGAGCCGGACAUCUCGUAUGCCUCCACGUCUCAGUACGCUGUCAACAAGUUCCUUAGCAACAACGACAAAGCGGUUUUGUCGGCCGAACUGCUGAAAGCUACAGAGGUGACUUCACGGAUGGAAAAUUCAACAUUUCAAAGAACAGUGACCCUGGCUAAGAACUUAGAAAAAACACUGAAUGACGUUGAGCAUCUAGUGUUGGAUAACCUUUCUACCAUGAUUGAUGAUCUCAGUAUGAUGGUAAAUGACAGUUAUUCCGAGACAUUUGAAAUCUAUUCCAACAAAGAGUUUCUAUACAGAUUUCAAGAAUACAUCGUAAAGAAGAAUUUCAUACGUGCAAGGGACGCUAUGGAAGAGAGGGUCAUUCAUAUAGUUGCCUUGGCGUACGCUGAGUAUAUCUUAACUAUUGAAAGUCGAAUUAGGAUGAUGGCUAAUGAAAACUUUACUGACCAUUCCGCGAGGCUUAUGAUGCAUGAGACCACGACACUCAUGCUACAAAAUCGAAAGGCAAUCGUAAACCUAGCAUUCGACAAUUAUUCCACGCUCAUCAAUGCUUAUGAUAUGGGUGCUCCUAUUUUUAACUAUUCGUUUGAAGGCCUAGGGCGACAUUUUAAUAGACCAGCAACGCCAAGGCAUCUUAUUAUGGAAGCACGCGUCCAUAAUAGUUAUGCCGUCAAGUACGGGCAAAAGUACGGCCUAUACUUGAACAAAACUAUUGAGCGAUUGGAGUGGCUACAGGAACUCUCGGAUGUUGCUUUUUAUAACUCGACUUUGGAUGAAGAUCGGAUGUUUUACUGUAGAGAGGAGUUCAAAUACUACAUGCGCAAUUUUGUUUUUGCAAGAAGUGUGUUCUAUUUUGAUACAAUAGAAUGGCCGAUUGGGGUCUUACAAAAACGAUUAGAAUAUUUCAAUAGCAUAUGGUCGCAAUAUUCAACAUUAAUGGAAAAUAUCUUGCAAAGUUUAAAGUCUCUAGAAUUAGAACUAGACAAAACAGAUGCUCUAUUUUUAAACCCGCUAAACAACGUUCUAUGGGACAUAUCGCAGUAUAUACACGAAGAGAAUGCUACAAAAAUGGCCAUUGUUGAAUUGCUGACGUCACAGGGCAUACAGGACGGGAUGACUGAGUUCAAGAUGUUUUUCCAAAAUGUCCGCGUAAGGGAAACAAAUUUAAUUGACUGGGUCAAUCGUUUGGAAGAAGAUGUAUUAGAAAUGUGGAAGAUAGUUGUAGAUGAUAUUGAUUCAAUGGAAUAUUAUGAAUACCUGAAUGAAUCUCGGCUUCUUCGCAACUUUUCAGAUGUCGCAAUAGAAAUUCGUUCCGCUUUCUCAGAAAUACGGAACAUGUGUCAAAUGUCACAGAUAGUUGACAACAAAGACGCACUAUUUCUGGACGCACUCGAGGCAUUCAUAGUCGACGCAAGAGCAUUCAAAGAGUCCAUCAUAAUAGAUAGUGAUUUCAUCAAAAAUAACUUCCUUCAGCUCGAUAUCUUCUAUCGACAGAUGAGCUAUGAGGAAAUCAACCAGCAAGAAGCAUAUGAUAUAUUUGCCUUACUUUGUGAUAUCGGUGGAUCCAUGGGACUGUUCCUUGGUGCAAGCGUGUUGUCAAUAGUCGAGGUCUGGGAUCUCAUUCUGGUACAAAUUCUUGCUAAAACCAGACGAAUGAUGUCAAUAAGUGCUUCCAGUGAGAAACGAUGAAAAAAAGACCGUCGAUGUUGUAGUGGAGACAGGGUAGACCCACGUCCUGCACGUGGUAGCACCGGAUUAUUGGUGCUGUUUUUUAUAAUCUGGUAAUAAGACAUAUCUAUUAUUCCUUAUCAGUAAGUGUCUGUAGGACAUACCGGCCAUCGAAUGCGAGACGCAUCUCUUUCUACGUUAUCUAGUUAACGAAAUAUUUUACUUAUUGAUAUUAAAAAUAUGGAUAACGGACAUUACUACGUAUCAUUCCUUUCAUACGUAAGAUAAAUAACUAACAAACAACCAUGUAUUGCUGGAUAUAUCAAAGAGCUACAGUAAUUGAUUAUUCAGGAGGAUUCGUUCUCAAUAUGGAAUACAUCAAAAUGGUUAAUCCUACAGCCGUACGUGCUUCUGCCGGUCAGGAACUUGGUUAAUGACCGCCAGAAACCUACAGGCAUUGUAUCAAGAGGGGUCGGAUAACCUACACAGUGAGCCAUUGUCCAGAUACGUACAUAUGUAUGUACUAUAAGUAAAGCAUAUACACUUAAGGCCAAAAAUACCUUGCUAUGUAGUAUUUCAGAAGGCAUUUAAUCGGAAUAUCACACUAAUAUACUACAUCGGCGAUGGCAUGAAAAAUCAAAUAUUGAUAGACUUUGUUAAAGAGAAAAUAUAACGGAUUGUUGUAUGAGAUUUGUGACGUCUAUAAGUGAUUGUUUUAUAUCAAGGAUAUACUAGGAUAUGCUAGGCUAAAUGAAAACGUUAGGACGACUUUGAUAGCAUAUUACUUAGUAAAUUAAGUCAAAUUGAAUAUUGCUUUUACUAAACCAACAAAGUAAUAAUACGAAUAUUCUCUGACUAUCGUUAGUUCGUUAUCGAUGCCAUCUGGAAGGCUAACACCACCGCUAUUGACAUAUUGAACUAUAUGCGAUGUUACAAUCAAGGCUAUCGAAACAUUAUUUCACACCAGUAACAUAAGACCAAACUAUGGUAUGAGUGCAUUUACACAUCACACGAAUGUUAUGUGAAAAAUGAAAGGUACAUGUAACAUAGUGUCAUUACAUUGUAAAAAAUUAUCAUUUUACUUGCAACAUAAUAUCGCGUUAUUAAUGCCAUAAUAUGAUAUUACUGGUUAUAUAAUAUCGCGUUAUUAAUGGCAUAAUAUGAUAUUAAUGGUUACAUAAAAGCAUGUUAUUGAUGACAUAAUAUAGUAUUACUGGUUACAUACUAUCGCGUUAUUAAUGCCAUAAUAUAAUAUUACUCGUUAUAUAAUAUCGCGUUAUUGAUGACAUAAUAUAAUAUUACUGGUUACAUAAUAUCAUGUUAUUGAUGACAUAACAUAUCAUCGUUACCCUUAUUUCAUGUUAUCGGUACUCUCUUGUCAUUGGUAGCAUAACAUCAUGUCACUGGUAACACAAUAUAAUUAUGUAUCUUGUCUUUGGUAUCAUACUAUUAUGCUAUCAGCAACAACAUAUCAUAUCAUUGGUAACAUCAUAUACAUUUUCAUUGGUAACGUAAUACAAUGAGUAUUUUAUCAUUCGUGACGUAAUAUCAUGAUAUUGGUAACUUCAUAUACUGUCAUUGAUAACAAACUAUUAUGUCAUUGAUAACAAAAUAGUAUGUCAUUGAUAACACAAUAUUAUGUCAUUGAUAACACAUUAGUAUGUCAUUGAUAAAAAAAUGUCAUUGAUAACACACUAUCAUGUCAUUGAUAACACAUUAUUAUGUCAUUGAUAACACAAUAGUAUGUCAUUGAUAACACACUAUUGUGUCAUUGAUACCACAAUAUUAUGUUAUUGAUAACACACUUUUAUGCCAUUGAUAACACACUAUUAUGCCAUUAAUAACACAUUAUUUUGCCAUUGAUAACACACUAUUAUUCCAUUGAUAACACAAUAGUAUGUCAUUGAUAACACAAUAUUUUGUCUUUGAUAACACCCUAUUAUACCAUUAAUAACACACUUUUAUGUCAUUGAUUACACACUAUUAUGUCAUUGAUAACACAAUAUUUUGUCAUUGAUAACACAAUAUUUUGUCAUUGAUAACACAAUAUUAUGUCAUUGAUUACCCACUAUGUCAUUGAUAAAACAAUAUCAUUUCAUUGAUAACACACUAGUAUGUAAUUGAUAACACGAUUUUAUGUCAUUGAUAACACAAUAGUAUGUCAUUGAUAACACAAUAUUUUGUCUCUGAUAACACCCUAUUAUACCAUUAAUAACACACUUUUAUGUCAUUGAUAACACAAAUUAUGUAAUUGAUAACACAAUAUCAUGUCAUUGAUAACACACUAGUUUGUCAUUGAUAACAAAAUAUUAAGUCAUUGAUAACACAAUAGUAUGCCAUUGAUAACACAAUAGUAUGUCUUUGAUAACACACUAUUAUACCAUUAAUAACACAUAUUAUGUCAUUGAUAACACAAAAGUAUGUAAUUGAUAACACAAUAUCAUGUCAUUGAUAACACACUAGUAUGUUAUGGAUAACACAAUAUUUUGUCAUUGAUAACACAAUAUUUUGUCAUUGAUAACACACUAUUAUGUCAUUGAUUACCCACUAUGUCAUUGAUAACACAAUAUCAUUUCAUUGAUAACACACUAGUAUGUUAUUGAUAACACGAUUUUAUGUCAUUGAUAACACAAUAUUUUGUCAUUGAUAACAAUGAUAUACCAUUAAUAACACAAUAUUAUGUCAACGAUAACACAAAAGUAUGUAAUUCAUAACACAAUAUCAUGUCAUUGAUAACACACUAGUAUGUCAUUGAUAACACAAUAUUUUGUCAUUGCUUACACACUAUUAUGUCAUUGAUAACACAAUAUUUUGUCAUUGAUAACACACUAUUAUUGUAUUGAUAACAUACUAUUAUGUCAUUGAUAACACACUUUUAUGUCAUUGAUAACACAAUAUUAUGUCAUUGAUAACACACUAUUAUGUCAUUGAUAACACACUGUUAUGUCAUUGAUAACACACUAUUCUGUCAUUGAUAACCCACUAUUUUGUCAUUGAUAACACAAUAUUAUGUCAUUGAUAACAUACUAUUAUGUCAUUGAUAACACACUAUUAUGUCAUUGACUACACACUUUUAUGUAAUUGUAUAAGACAUUGAUUGGUGUAUAUUUGUGAUAAACUUCAUUUCCACACAAAACCCCCCACUGAUCAUUAAGAUUUGCAUAGGGCGUUUAUGAGUGUAAUUCUUGCUUUAUAUUAUAUUUUCAAAAAGGAACUUGAUGAGUGUAAUACUUGUGAUAAAACGUAUUUUUACAACAAAGCAUACAAUCAAUCAUGUGCAUUUGAUAAACUCUACGCCUAAGAGAGAGCAGUUUAUUCAUUCUGGCAUCUCCUAGAAAUGUGAUGCUGGACGCGGAACCAUUGAGUCCUGGCACAUCAUAAAUGUAUAUAAUGGUUUUAUUCUUAUAAGUAAUUAUUGAUCUUAACUAAUUAAUGGAAACGAAGAUAUACACAUCUGGUAUAGAUCCAUUGACUGAUUGUGGUCUGUUUACAUAAAUAUCAAUAAAUGUCGAGAAGAUAUCCCUGAACACGGUCCAUAGGGAGGGUUGUCUACAUAUGUCAUGCAUGGAAAUGACUUGUUAAUUAUAUUUAUGUAGAACAGUUGAUCCUUAAUUCAGUCAGCAAGCCAUUGUAAUUACCUGACAAUCAUUUAUAAGGACAACUCAAAGAUACCAUAGAUUGCUCAUUAAUAGCUUUGCUUUUAGCGUACAUGCCAGCUGCAUGUAUUCUGUGUGUUUGUGGAAGUACAGUGUCUCUAAAUAUACCGCAUAUGAUGAUGUUAAUGGACUCUACACGAUAUACUUUAUUUUUGUAAUAGAGUUAAGAGAACUGUCAAAGAGCAAAAUUCUAGUCCAACGUGUCCCAGAAAGUAACCCGGGUUUCCUCUAGCCCUGACACCAAAUCAAAACAUUUUGACAAAACAAUAUGUCUGGAUCUGUCAAUAUAUCGUCCUUGUCUGCCGUCAGAGCCAGAGGAAACUUGGGCUACCCAGUAAAAGUGGACAAUUUCGCGGGUGGAGAUGUUGUUGCGGCUCUUUGAACUGAUUGCGGUUUAGAAAUAUUCGCGUUGGUUCUGAAAGCUUUGUGUUUCAUGCACCUAUAGCUAUAAUCUAUAUAAUCUGUAAAACUAUUGGCGUGUGGAUAUUUUCACGGUAAUUUACACAUUUACACAUCGCAAAAAUUGCCAUUCUUUACAGGAUGUGAAGUAUCGCUGUAGGAACCAGCAAUUGUUGUACUUUGAGUUUAUUUGUCCAAUAUCGAAUAAGUACAUGCAACCAAAUUGGGAGAUAUUUAAUAUCCCAUAAGCAGGUCACACAGAUUUGGUUCCACAACAGGAACUACUAAGAACAGGAAAUGUAUUUGUUUAGAAUGCGAAUUUUACUAAUUAGCCUUUCAGCGGUUAAAUAAUUAUUCAUUUUCUUUUUAUGUUAUCAUGACGAGAUAUAUUGUAAAAUUGAAAGUGGUAAAUAUGAAAGAUAACCCCAGCAUAUCAAUGUUGGCUACAAGCGAGGAAGGAUAAAUGCUAUGCUGUAUCAUCAAAGGUGUGUUAAAUAUAUAGCAUAAAAUGUAUACAUGUACAUGCUGUAAUGGGAAUAUGUUUGUGUAUUUGUGAGUUGUAAACAUUGUAACGUUAUCAUUACACGAAGUCAAACAUUUUACAAAACGGAAGAUAAAUUCAUAAUUGAUGUCAGCGUCAUUUCAUUAAGUAUCAAGUCAGAUGCAUUUAAGUACAUGCAUCAUUCAAUAAAAAUCUGUUACAUUUCAAUAUCAUUUCAGUAUCGAGUCAGUAUCAUUUCAGUAUCAUUUCAGUAUCAUUUCAGUAUCGAGUCAGUAUCAUUUCAGUAUUAUUUCAGUAUCACUUCAUUAUAAUCUAAUUAUCAUUUCAGUAUCAUUUCAGUAUCGAGUCAGUAUCAUUUCAGUAUUAUUUCAGUAUCAUGUCGGUAUAAUCUAAUUAUCAUUUCAGUAUCAUUUCAGUAUAGUAUCAUUUCAGUAUCAUUUCAGUAUUAUUUCAGUAUCAUGUCGGUAUAAUCUAAUUAUCAUUUCAGUAUCAUUUCAGUAUCGAGUCAGGAUCAUUUCAGUAUCGAGUCAGUAUCAUUUCAGUAUUAUUUCAGUAUCACUUCAUUAUAAUCUAAUUAUCAUUUCAGUAUCAUUUCAGUAUCGAGUUAGUAUCAUUUCAGUAUCGAGUCAGUAUCAUUUCAGUAUUAUUUCAGUAUCACUUCAUUAUAAUCUAAUUAUCAUUUCAGUAUCAUUUCAGUACCGAGUCAGUAUCAUUUAAGUAUCGAGUCAGUAUCAUUUCAGUAUCGAGUCAGG